AUCCAGUUUUAAUUUGACCCAUUGUGAUUGUAAGAAUUAGAGCAACUGGUGAAUUUAUUUAGUGCAUGACCUUGAAAAUGUGUAACAAUGAGAAUUGAAAGUGCUCUUGAACAUUUUAGAAUAAUAGAUUUGGUGAAAGAGGAAUGGAUGCUAAGGGAAAAAAUAAAUGCUCUCUAGUACCUGGAGAGCUUGGACAAAUAUUUAUGACUGCUUUGCUUCAAGAAUCACAUAUUGAGUAUACACUCCAGCUUCUUUAUAUCCUGGAGUGGACGCCCAGCUCUCAUUACUAAAAAAAUACAGGAUACACAUAAAGGAUGUGAUGUUACGGCAUCAGAGGAAACUAAAGGAACAGGAAGUCUGACUGUCACACCCAAUUAUGUUUAGACUUUGUGCUGUUUAGUUCUUUAAAACACACAUUUCACUUGUAUUGUUGAUGAUUAAAGUAUGUCUAAUUCUGCUGAAGAAUCCUGCAGUAAAAACUUGCCACAAGGUCAAGCACCGAAGCGUUUACCUGUUCGAAACAUUUCUAUCAAGCGGAAGGAAAAUAGAGGACUUAAAAUUGAGGAACGGCUUAAACAAUUCAGUGAAGAAAAGCGGUUGAUGCAAGAAAAUCCCAAACAGAGAGAUUUCAAAGAACUGAGCGUGAGACCAGGAAGUGUGAAGGAACAUGCCGAAAAAUUAAAUAAACUUACUGUGGAAUCUGACCUCAUCCGCGGGACCUUUCCAGGGUCAAGUUCAGCAGAAAACAGAAGAAAAAGCAGUGGUUCUGAUGAUUACGGUUACUUCUUGGUGAAUACGUUUUCUCCAAGACAACGACAGUGGGCUCUAAAAUCAUCUCAGGCUGAUUAUCAUUCGUUAUUACGGCUGCUGAAAGAAGAACCCAAGCUUGCCUCUUUCAAGGACUUCAUCACUUGGUUUAACUCUAUACACUGGGCGGCCAAACAUGGGAAUGCUGAUGUCAUCAAGUUGAUAGCUGGUGUACAUAAAGUCAGCGCAAACACUCGCACGCAAGGGGGUUAUACGGCUCUUCAUCUAGCUGCAAUGGCUGGACAUAGAGGAAUCAUGGAGUUGUUGACUGACAUGUAUGGUGCUGACCCAGAUAUCAGAGAUUAUAGUGGCAAAAAACCACAUCAGUAUCUGAAGUUCAACAGGCAGAGUUCAGAUACAUGCACUGGGUCAUGUAAGAAGCAGUCUCCACCUCCUUCUCCUCUUCCAUCUCCCGUAGAAAGUACACCAUCAGUACAAAACGCUUCACGUACGGGCUUUCGGAGUAACCCAUUUUUCCGCAAUUCUUUUCAACAGUCGCUUCGUCGAGCUUCUAAGCCAAGUCUUAUGCGAUCAAACUCUCAGUCAAAGCACAAAUCAAAUCGUUAGUCAUGUGAGGGAAAUAUUGAAACUUUUUCCUUGUUUGCAAAUAGAUUUACAGAUUUUAACGGAAGACUAUUAACAGUGUAACUAUUGUCUGUGUUAAACUGAAGAACAUUAACAGAGUGACCAUUGUCUGUGUUAAACUGAAGAACAUUAACAGAGUGACCAUUGCCUGUGUUAAACUGAAGAACAUUAACAGAGUGACCAUUGUCUACAUUAAAUUGAAGAACAUUAACAGUGUAACUAUUGUCUGUGUUAAACUGAAGAACAUUAACAGAGUGACCAUUGUCUACAUUAAAUUGAAGAACAUUAACAGUGUAACUAUUGU